AUGGGCAAGGGCAAGAACCAUGACCGCAAAGCGAAUCCCGGAUUCGGCAAGACAAAGGGCAAGAGCUCGUCGGGAUCAUCCUCAGAGUUCACCAUGAAGAAGGUCAAGGGGGAAAAUUUCUAUAGGGAUGCCAAGUCAGCCUCCAAGGUUAAGAUGCUCAAUGGUGGCAAACCAGUCAGAGACAAGGACGGAGUGAUCACCGAGGCGGCUGCAUUUCAGAAGGGCGAGAAGGAUGUGCUACCUGGCAGGGUCAAGCCGGACAGAAGGUGGUUUGGAAACACAAGAGUCAUCUCCCAGGACGCUUUGGAUCACUUCAGGACGGCAUUGAAAGAACAGAAAGCCGACCCCUACUCUGUUCUUCUCAAGAGGAACAAAUUGCCCAUGGGCUUGCUACAAGAUGAGAGCUCGGACGCUGCCAAGCGUCCACACAUUGUUGAGACUGAGCCAUUCGGCAAUACAUUUGGUCCCAAAGCUCAGAGGAAGAAGCCUAGAUUGGACAUUGGCAGCUUUGCUGAACUCGGUGAGAGUUCUGCCGCUGCCGAAGCCUCUGCUAUUGCUGAAGCCCGAGGCAAUGCCACUGCCGACCCCGCCGACAUCUAUCACCCCACAACGUCUACUGCUCGAGAACCCAUCUACGCCAAGGGUACAUCCCGUCGUAUCUGGGGUGAGCUCUAUAAGGUUCUUGAUUCUUCGGACGUCGUUAUUCACGUCCUCGACGCAAGAGAUCCGCUGGGGACCAGGUGCAAACCUGUCGUAGAAUAUCUGAAAAAGGAGAAGGCCCACAAGCACCUUGUUUAUGUUCUGAACAAGGUCGAUUUGGUACCUACAUGGGUUACUGCCAAGUGGGUGAAACAUCUCUCACAAUCCGCCCCGACCAUUGCCUUCCACGCUUCCAUCAACAAUUCGUUUGGCAAAGGCUCCCUUAUCCAGUUACUUCGACAAUUUUCUGUCCUCCAUUCGGACAAGAAACAGAUCUCCGUGGGCUUCAUCGGUUAUCCGAACACGGGAAAGUCCUCCAUCAUCAAUACAUUGAAGAAGAAGAAGGUCUGCACUGUCGCUCCCAUCCCAGGUGAGACCAAAAUCUGGCAGUACAUCACUCUGAUGCGUCGCAUCUAUCUGAUCGACUGUCCUGGUAUCGUUCCUGUCUCCGCCAAGGACUCGGAUACGGACACUGUCCUCAAGGGUGUCGUGCGCGUUGAGAACCUCGCCACGCCUGCUGAACAUAUCCCAGCAUUGCUUGAGCGGGUCCGUCCCGAGUACCUCGAGCGCACUUAUGGCCUGGAACCUGUCGAAGGUGGAUGGCAUGGGGAGGAAGGUUCCACUCUGAUUCUGACAGCAAUCGCCAGGAAGAGUGGUAAGCUGUUGAAGGGUGGUGAGCCCGACCAGGAAGCGGCGGCCAAGAUGGUUCUCAACGAUUGGAUCAGAGGGAAAAUUCCCUUCUUUGUGACUCCGCCCACCAAGGAGGCUGAGGCUGCUCCUGCCGCGGGCACUGAUGUCGCUGCUGCUACCGAGGCACCCCAGAAGGCCACAGAAGAGGAAGAGGAAGCUGAACGAGCGAUGCUCGUGGAGCAGCAACGCCAUCUAAGCAAAAUUCUGGGUCAAAAGCGAGUCAAGGGGGUGGAGCAACCCCUGAAGAAGAUCGUCACAAUGUCGAAAUUCUUAGGUGAGGACGCUAGGAAGUAUUCAGAGAUAUUUGAGGAGGACGAGGAAGAGGCUGGGGACGAGAUGGCGAUGGGUGACGACGACAGCGACGCGGCUGAACAAGUUGAGGAUGAUGAUGAAGAGGAGGAGGGCAGUGAAGAAGAAGUUGACGAUGGCGAAGUCGGCUGGGACGAUGUCUUUUCAGAUGCUGAAGGGCCAGAGGCAGGGACGACUGGGGAAGAUGGCGAGGCGGUAUCCGGAGACUCGAUCGCACAGAUCAACAAGCGAAAGGCCGCUGCCUCUGAUUCGGGCUCCGAGACAGACGCUGCCCCCAAGAAACGUAUGACGACCAACAAGCGCAAGGCCGCCAACUUCUACACUACUGCGAACGUCAAGAACAGAAAUCGAGACAGAAAAGUUCCCAAGACAGUUGGAGGCGGCAAGAAGCGUGGGCGUGGGGAUGAAGAGCCGACUGGGAAGAAGGCCAAGAAGAGAAGAUGA